AUGAACUCAACUGAGCCGAAUAUAUCGAACAGUAGUUCAAAUAAGGUACCACCUUAUCCUGUUGAAGGUUCAACACUGAUUAAUAACACAACAAUACCAGAUCGACAUACAACCGAUGUAGUCACUGCUGUUCAAUAUGGUUUUUAUGAGCGUGUUAUCGAAUUGGUUGAGGCUGAUCCACAGCUCACAACAAAACUCUUGGAUGAUAAUAUAACUUUACUUCAUUGGGCAGCUAUUAAUAAUAGAAUUGAAAUAGCGAAAUAUUUAAUAAGUAAAGGUGCAAAAAUCGAUGCGAUUGGUGGUGCACUUCAUUCGACACCAUUGUAUUGGGCUAUAAGAGAUGGAAAACUAGAAAUGACUGUAUUUCUUGUGUCUUAUGGUGCACAAACUUCUUUCUUCGAUGGUGAAGGAGCUGCAGGCAUACAUAUAGCUAGUAUGUUGGGUCAUUCGUAUAUUGUUGCCUAUUUAAUUGCUAAAGGAGAUGAUGUUAAUUUUCUUGAUAAAUUUGGUUUAACACCAUUGAUGCAUGCUCAACGAGUAAUGAAUCGUGAUCCAACUCAAAUACUGAUUCGACUUGGUGCUGAUAUCAACCAUCAAAAUCCCGACAAUAAAUAUACUGCCCUUCACUAUGCUGUAUCUAAUAAUAAUUAUGAUGCAAUUCGUGUACUUAUUGAUGCUGGCGCUAAAACUAAUAUACGUAAUUCUGAUAAUGAAGAUGUAUUUGAUUUUGCGGCCAAAGCAAAGAAUUCUCGUUAUUUAUUACGUCUUUUAAGUGAAUUAACUUCUUCGAAUAAAGUUGUACCAAGAUGGUUAGAAGUAAACCGUUCAACUCAACUCUUCGGAAUCAAAUUGCUACCAUAUAUAAUUAUUAUUCUUGUGGCAUUUAUUGUGGAUUUAGAAGUGUGGUUUAUUUAUAAAGGUGUUGUUUUAUUUGGCUUGUAUGUUUUAAUUCGUGGAUAUAUGAUGAUAUUUUUCGACGACAAAUUACAGGGAAAAGCGCCGAUAGCUAUUGCACAAGCAUCGAUAUUUUGGCUUUAUGCAUGCUAUAUAUAUUAUUUUCUACCGUAUACGCAUGUAAUGUCCUUCAACUGUAUUGGACUUCUUAUAUUUACAUAUUUUUCAUGGAAAAGUUAUUAUCUUGCAAUAAAAGUUGAUCCGGGUUAUAUUGUAACCAAUACUGAUCAACUACAUCGAACAAUAAUUCAAUUAGCUGAACAAAAUAUGUUUGAUAGUGAGCAUUUUUGUACAUGGUGUCUUGUUCGACGCCCAUUGAGAUCAAAACAUUGUCGAGAAUGCCGAAAAUGUGUAGCAAAAUUCGAUCAUCAUUGCCCGUGGGUUGACAAUUGUGUUGGCGAUAAAACAUUACCUUAUUUCACUGGCUUUAUAUUUUUUACACCGAUAUGUCUGCUCUUUUUUCUUUAUGGUGCUCUUGUUUAUUAUCGAAAUCAUUGUAAUGUUACAUCAAUCGGUUUACUAUCAGCAAUAAUUAAUUGCAAAGCAUCGGUACUAUGGUUUACAGGAAUUGCAAUGCUUCAUACUUUUUGGAUUAGUGCUCUUUGUGCGACAUUAAUAACUCAAAUUCUAGGUGGUUUUACGACAAACGAACUAUUUAAUUUCUGGCGAUAUAAGUAUAUACGGUUAGAUGAUGGAUUAAGUCCAUUUUCUUUUGGUUGGAAGCAAAAUUUAGUUGAUUUACUUAAUCGACGUAUACUUUGGUAUGCACCAACAAAUUUCGAUUGGGCACAUAUUUAUACUUUAGACGAUUUUAAUGAAUUAAUUCCAACACGAUUAAGACGAUCUACAAAAUCAUCGUCGAAUAAUUCACCAAAGAAUUCAUUUAAUGUUUAA